AUGCUGCUCAGAAAACCCAUCUCCAACACCAAAAGGUUCUUUGAAAGAACCAUAGAAAGUGUCAAGUCUUUGUUUUCUUGUGCUAAUUACCAGAAGCUACCAAAAUCUAAACCUUCUCCCUACAACAAUCCUAAUCUGCAUCCUUAUGUUACGGUUCGUGGCGCUGGCAUGAUUGAUUAUCUCCAACCAAUUACCAUGUUUGAUGAUCUGGAUAACUUGUACGCGGACUACACGAAGAAGACAAGUACUGUUACUCCGGUGAAGGAGAAGAAGAAGAAGAAGAAGAGUGAUGGUCAAGUAGUUUAUGGGAUGAGCGAGAGAGGGAGGAGUUGUUUGGUUGCAGAGAAGCUGAAGGAGCUGGAGAUGAUAGACAAUAGCAAUGUGGAUCAUUUGGAGGACAUUGAAGAGCUGCUCCAUUACCAUGCUCGCCUUACAUGCCCUGCCUAUCGCCACAUUGUUGACAACUUUUUCUUUGACAUCUACUCUGAAUUCUUUGCUUCCAAACAAGAAAUUUGA